UCCAUGUUUACACAGACACACUGGUAGAACUCUGCCACCAGGACUUAAAGGUUUCGCCAGACACUGAAAUGAAGUUACCUGAAGAAUAAUUCUUACGGAUAAAUAUGCGGACAGUUGGAUUUAGGAUUGUUUUGGGAAGAAUUUGACGAGACCAGCAUGGAUCUGUAUGUGACUUUGUGCCUGUGUUUAUUGUCCAGUGUCUGUCUAGGGCAGGUACAGAUUCAAAACCCGACCGGUUCGGCAACCCUGAACGAGUUACAGCCAACAGACCGGUGUGUCUACCAGCUAAAUGUCACCCCUGACCCCCACACGUGCUCACAGAACAUCACAACAUUCGCAAUGUUUGCCGUCCAACAGAGAACCGGGGACCCAGAUUACUGUGUGUACUACCUGAUCGCCAAUGGGCCCCUAACGUUACCGUCGUACACGGUGCAGUUUUCAUGUCUCGACAGCAGCAACAACAUCGACCACAGCUCCGUCCAAAUUGACAUCAUCCCCGACUCUCCGCCUGUGUUCACGGAGGGUGCUGCAAUAUCGAAGGCCGCCGACGCACUGACCACGAAAGUCGGUAACACGCUGUUCCAGGCGCUCGUCACCGAUCCUAACGGAGACGCCCUCGUCUUCAGCCUGGAGCCAACAUUCACAGAGUUUGAGAUAGAUCCACCUACUGGUAACGUGAACGCAAAAAUAAAUUUCGACACGUUGAAUACAUCACCUUACACCUUCAAGAUCAAAGUCACUGACGGCCGGACAGUGGUGGAGCAGCAGGUCACUCUCAACCUGAACAAUCUUAACACUGCGCCCAAUAUAACGAACUUGCCGACGACACUGCCGCAUCCCGAAGACGUUGCUCCCGGCGUUGCCCUAUACACCUGUACCCAUGACGAGUCCAGUACCGUCGCUAUAACGCUUGACGUCAACCCCGUCACUGAGAGAGCAACCUUUGACUUGAACACUGCAACGUGUACCAUAUCUGUAGCAGCUGGACAAAAGCUGGACUUUGAGAGAACGAACUCCAUGAGUAUGACCUUGACCUUGAAGGAUGGAGUUUUCACCUCGACAUUCACAUUUCAACUGGACGUCCUUGACCGGAACGACCCACCGGCCUUCACAAGCCCCACCUACACCAUGGACAUCCUUGAAGGACCCCUUCCCGUCACGCCAGCCAUUCAGCCAGCGUUCACCGUGACCGACGAGGACGCCGCCGAAACUCACACCUUCUCCAUGGGCACCGGCACGUACGACUCCUACUUCACAAUCAACCCCGGGACGGGGGCGCUGCAAAACAUCAAGGAAAUCGACUUUGAUGCCGGCCUUACACAAGUUACUGUCACGGUCAUAGCUACAGACAAGGGAGGGGACACCGCGACGACAACCCUCAACGUCAACGUUGCCGACUACAACGACAACGAUCCCGAGUUUGCUACCGCCAAUACGAACUUGUACAUCAGUCCGAAGACUCCGGUGGGCACCAUUGGUCAAGUAGCUGGUACUGAUAAGGACACUGGGGUGAACGCAGCGCUGACCUACACCCUCCAAGCGGACAACUCCGGGGGAAAGUUCCUCGUCCAACCUGACGGGUCGGUGUAUUUGCAGACAGUUGUGACGGAGGCCCAGCGGAACGACAUCUACACCCUCACCGUCAGAGCCACGGACGGUGGCACACCAUCCAGGAACGCUGACACUACUGUUACUGUCCAGUUUAACAUUCCGCCAGUGAUCACAAACUUGCCGAACGCCGCGUUUCUCAGCGAGGACACCAAGGUGAAGACGGAAGUGUCCAAGAUCGAAGUGACCGAAACCGACACCUUCGUGUGCGAGGCCGACAAAGUCCUCCCCGUCACGGCCAACACAGCAUUUGUCGUUGAGAAAAAGACUGGAGGGCCAGACUGGUUUGUGUUUUACACUGGUCUGCAAGCGUUAUCGUUUGCCACAACCCCGUCCUUCACCGUAGAUGUCAUCUGUACCGACUCUCACGACGGCAAGUCGAUCAAGAGCACACUCACCGUCAACAUCAGACAGAACACGCCACCGGUCCUGAACUGUGUCCCUAAUUUGAUCGGUGUUGACGCAUCUGUAGCCAACAUCGGAGACACUGUCCACACCAUGGUUGCGACCGACGACGACUCUCUGAUGUUUCAGAUGGCUGUGCAGCCGAACCCUGGAACAUUCAGCAUACUAAACACUGGUGUAGUACAAUGCCAGAAGUUGAUGAUACGAGAGACGAUCAGUCAGUACAUCGGCGUGGUGACAGCGGCAGACCCCUACAACACCGUCACCUGCACCGUCACCUUCACCAUGACAAACACGAACGAAGCCCCUGUAUUUGAAGACCUACCUCGAGCCGUUGAGGUAGCAGAGGAUCUGAACGCGGGUGGUGUUAUAGCGCAAGUCACGAUUGGUGACGCCCAGCAGUGCACCUCUUUAAGUUUAAUCUGGGACGUGGACCCUGCUAGCGAACGCCUGACCUUUAAUGCUGCCUUAGUUAACAAAGUCGUGACCUUGACAGUGGCCAACGGUCAGAAGUUGGACAGAGAGAAGGUGGACAAGUACACCUUCUCCUUCCGCGCCAACGACGGCUGUCUCCUCUCCCAGCUGUACCCUCUCUACGUCGACGUGACCGACGUCAAUGAGAAGCCAGAGUUCCUCAAUGGUCAGAAUUACAUUGCGUACUUCGACGAGGUAAAUUCCCCAGGGACUAAUCUGAACUGUGGCGGGAUUGACGCAGACAUCGGCGACGUCCACACCCUCGUGCUGGAGGGGGCGGACGCCAACAAGUUCACGAUCGUGGACACGGCCCAGUGCAUUCUGGGCCAGGCGCUGGAGCUAGACCGAGACAACAACGGCCCGGCUCAGAUCAACCUCAUCAUGAAGCUGAUAGACAAGACAGGGUUGUCUGCAGAGGCCACGGUCACUGUGUUUGUCAGAGAGGUGAACGAUAACGACCCUAUCUGCGACCUACCCGCAUACACCUUUGGCAACAUCUUCAACGGCGACACAAUUGGACGGACAUUGGGCAAAAUAACAGCAUCCGACUUAGAUCAGUCAGUCAACGGACAGGUUACCUUCAGUUUCGCCAGCGGUAGUUCCGGAAGCGGUGUCCUUGACAUUGCCAGUGACGGUACCGUCAAGUUGGUUGGAGACCCAGAUGGAAAGCUGUCUCCAGGAGCCCUCGUAGACCUGACCGUCCAGGCAACAGAUGGAGGAACUCCGUCACGGUCGUCCACUUGUAAAGUGAACCUCCAGUACGUCUACACGACAACGCCCCCUACCCCUCCUACCAUGCCACCAGUGACUGGCGCGACUGGGGCUACUGGCGGCGCUGGGGGCACUGGCGGCGCUGGGGGGACUGGCACGGCAGCAACGUUGUCGCCGGUGGAUGCGGCGUUGCAGAACCCCGUCAUUCUGGGCUUGAUUGCUGCUCUGGCAGCCUUGCUAUUAUUGGGUAUCAUCGGGGCGCUACUGCUGUGCUGUAAGUGUCAGGCCUGCCAGGGAUCGGGAGGAAAGGGCUCAAAUAAUUACGAUAUGAAGCGUGACCACAUGUCCAGCAGAGGUCGGUGGUCACCGAAGUCCAACCGGGUCACCACCGUCAGCGAAGUGACCCCGGCCAUGCACGAUGGCCCGACAACGUUAAAAUAUCUGUAACAGAGUCAACGCUCAACGGGAAACAGAUGGGAAAGAUGUACAGGCGACAUCUUGAGGUAGAUCCAUGGUUCAAGUCCCCAGCACGAUAUGUCCGACUGGAGUGACGUCCCCUCCACUAGUCUGUAACGCCGUAUACAUGUGUGAUAUAUGUAGAGACUGUGACGUCACGCCUCUGUUGCCUCCUUCCACGCUUUCAAAUAUGGACGUUCAUACCUUAGUUACCGAUGCUACUAUUACCGUUACUUUUAAAUAUCUAUACAUUGCUAUAUAUAGAAUACAACGAUGCAUUUACAGGUGUAUGCUGAUAUUAUGCAAAAUACCUAUAGUUUUAUGAAGAUAUUUUGUCAAAUACCUACAUUUUUGUAGGCUUGUACACGUGUGUGUAGCAGUGUGUGGUGGCGCUUCGAUAUCAUGUUAAUUUUGCACUUAUGCAGUUAUCUCCCUUGUAUCAUAACCACCUCCGACGAUAGUCCCGUUGGCUGAAAUUUGUCCUCGGUAUGGGCACGAGGAUAUCAUUUCAAAAGUAAUAACAAAUACAUUCCAAGAUGAUAAUAAAUUCUUUUAUUUUUCAAACACCAUUAUAACAAUUUAUUUUAUAUAAUUUACACGAAACAUCGGCAAGAUUAUUUUAUUAAAGGUGUUUUUAGGUAUGUAUAUAUCAUUUGUACAGUUUGGAACUUGUCUUUGAAUAAACUGUGACAUGUA